AUAAAAUUGUGUAUACGAGAGCUUUCCAGGGCAUCCCACGUGUGCACAACUCUAAAACGCUUCCGUUCCCUUUUUUUCCGAUGUAAUGCGUUCUGUGAAACCGAGAGAGAGAGAGAGAGAGAAAGGAGAGACAAGAGAGCGAGCGUGUUUUACCUAUAAGUGGUCCCUAGUAAGUGAUACUUUUGAGAUAUCGUGCAACAUAUCGUAGCGUUAUAAUUACACGUAAAGAGUUAAUCUUUCCGAUCCUCACGGCUACUCGAUCGUGCUCUGUUGUUCUCGAGAGGUGCCCAAUAAUAGCCCCCCCCGACACAAUGGAUACGCUGACGAGAGCACGUUCCAACUCUCUUUAUUCUACUGGGUGAGUCACGAUGAAUAGAAUCAACCUAAAUACAACAAUAUUCGAGUGACGUUAAAUGAAAUAUUCCGAUAGACUGUGUUCACGCUGGAAUUGUUGAGGGAGUUAAAACUGGGCGGUAGUUAAUUUAUUUGAUUUUCCAGUUCACGCUAUUUUACCUCGUGGGAAAGAUCCGUUUAUUAUAAAUGAUAGAGUACUAGAAUAAAGAAAAAUGAGAGCAAACAAAUUACUCUACUUAUGUAAACUAGCCUUCGAGCCUAAUAAACGGAUUUUUUCUAUCAGCCUUACUCUGCCAAUGUAAACUGAACUUUAGAGAUGGAAUCCUAGCUUAGGGAGGAUACGAUAGUGUCCAAUUCUGAAAGCAUAGCUUGUGCCAUUGUUAUUAGAGAAGAAUUUCCUGGACUCUGUAGAAAAAUAAUUUCUUCCUCUCUUUUACAAAAACCGAAGCGAUUCGUGUGUAGUGUUUUACGAUUCACCUUGUAUAGAGGCAGCGAGCCGCAUAUCGGGAAACAAAAGGUGGUUGAGCCGCGAAAAAGGCGGCAAUUCACGGUGCUCGCAAACGAUCAAGAUGUUGUUGUUGUUCCUGUUAUUGUGCUCUUUUCAAGCGUUCAUCCAGCCUGUUGACGUAAUACUUUCGAACGAGUUGAAGAGAAGCAGGAAAAUCCUGUCGACAAAGUCGGUAGCCGCGAGGAUAGUCGGCGGUGAAGUGACCGACAUACGGAAGUAUCCGUUUCUCGUCUCGGUCCAAAGGCGACAUAUUAGCCAUACCUGCGGAGGUACUUAUAUAGCGCCGAGAUUCGUUUUGUCAGCCGCUCAUUGCAUGGUCAGACCGGCGUCCCGUGGCAAAUGGGUACCAGAGAAUCCUCACCGAUUCUACGUGAUCGCUGGAGCCACUUACGUCUACUUUCCGGCCUGGAGUUCGAUACAGUUGGAAUUGAUCGACGGGAUAUUCCCGCACAGAGACUUUCAAUUCACGGGCAUGAAUCACGAUAUUGGAUUGUUCAGGCUACGGAAAGCCCUGUUGAUUAACUCAUUCGUGAAAUACGCCACCCUUCCACCUGCUUAUGACGCAAAUAUUUUUCAAAGCUACACCGCCUCCUGUACUGUUGUCGGCUGGGGAGUAAGCAUGCCCGGAUCUAAUCGAGGAUAUGGUACCUACCUUCGCCAUGUUAAUGUUUCACUAAUCCCAUCGGAUAAAUGUCUUGUGGAAGGACUAAAUACAGAGCAGCAUUUAUGUGCAGGCUGGCUGGAAGGUGGUCGAGAUGCUUGUCAAGGUGACAGUGGUGGACCAUUAUUAUGUAACGGGACACAAAUAGGAAUAGUUUCCUGGGGAAAAGGUUGUGCUCGUCCAAACUUUCCUGGCGUAUAUGCCCGAUUAGAUUUAUAUUUAGAUUGGUUAAAUGAAACUAUGCAAAGAAAUAUUGCAUGCCAAAGAAACAUUCUUGAUGUUAUAGUUAUACUUACAGCAGUGAUAUCUAGUACUCUGUGAAAUGCUAUAAUUUAAUUUGUAAUAUUAUGUAUCGUUUAAAAGUUUUGAGGAUCAUAAAAUUAGUAACACAUCUGAUUUUCUUGUUU